UCUCUUCACGGUGCCGGCCUGAAUAGGCGCCGCGCAAGUCCUCGUGAUGGAGUCGGCGCCACAUGCGCGGCCGAGCCGCACGCCUUCGCCCCCGCCAUGCCGCGCCGCCCCCGCCGGAGCCAGCGUCGGCGGCGGCAGCGUCGGCGGCGGCGGCGGCGGCGGCGGCGGCGGCGGCGGCGGCGGCGGCGGUGGCGGUGGCGGCGGUGGCGAGCCCCUGCUGGUGCGGCGCGCGUCGUGGGAUGCACAAGACUACAGCCGCCGCCGGAGCGACUCCAUGCAUCCCAGCGCCCCGCAGCCCGACGCUCGGCGCGAGCGCCUGUCCGCCCCCGUCGAAACUCGGGAAGACUACGAGCGCCGCCGCGAGCGGUGGCACGACGAGCGCUCGCGCGAACGCGACCACUACGACGAGCGCGGACACGGCGCGGCACACCCUCACCCGUGGCGGCGCGGCGACGAGCGGGACUCGCACCCGCGGGAGCGCCGCUAGCGAAUGCGUGGCAGGGUUGAAAAGAGCGUGUGGAGUGCAUUGUGGGUGGGUGGCACGAUCGGCCCGAAGUUAUUGAGCGCUAGUUGUGCCACGUGCGUGGGUUGGAUGAAUUGCCCGUGCACCUGUGUCCAUCUGUACGGCUUUAUGUCCGUGCCAGUGUGCGCUGUGCCGUGCCCAGAUGCCAGAGAGACAGAAAGAAAGAUCAAAGAAUUCUUA